AUGGUCUACACAAUCCACAAUUAUUGGACUGUAUUCGAUUAUCGAAAUCAAUUAAAAGCCGGAGACAUCAUCAAUUACGAAUAUACUGGUCACAAAUGGACAGAAAUCGGAUUUAAAUCAGGAUGGAAAGAGUGGUACAUCACCGAAGAUGCCUUUGCUCACUGCUUGCCUUCGCUGACAACGUUGUCCAAACAACAGAGGAUUUGCAAAGGAAAGUUGAUUUUUGAAGAUAAUUUCACUAUGCCUGAGUUGGAUUUGACCAAAUGGCAACACGAUUGUUAUAUUCCUAGCCAAGCAAUGGAUAACGAAUUUGUGUCCUACCAAGGUUUGCCUAAAAAUAUCUAUAUCGAAAAAGACAUCCUGGUCGUCAAACCGACGCUGAUUGAGGACAAAAAUUAUAUUGAAAAUGGCGUGCUGGAUUUAGAAGAAAUAUGCAACUGCAAACCAACUUAUUACGGAGAAUGUAAUAAAAAAGCAAUUUCCUACAACAUCCUUCCACCAGUAAUGUCUGCUAGUAUAAGAUCCAAGUUCAGUUUCAAAUAUGGAAAAAUCCAAAUCCACGCAAAAUUACCUAAAGGAAACUGGCUGUACCCUAUUCUGCAACUGGAACCAAAAGACUACAACCACGGUCCAGGAUAUGCAUCAGGAGCCAUCAGGAUCGCUUUUGCAAGAGGUAACAAUAUCUUAGUUUCACGACAAUCAGGAUAUGACUACGGUAACAAGGAAUUGAGUUGCGGUUUAAUAUUCAAGGAUAUUCAUCCUAUCAGGAAUAUAACAGCCAGGAGGUAUCAGAGAACACAGAGCAAACCGUGGAGUGAAUAUUUUGAGACUUACGAAGUCGAAUGGGCACCAAGUCAUAUGUUGUUCAGCAUUGGUAAUAGACGAUACGGUUUGAUUUUACCUCCAAGUCGAAAUUUUCAGGACGAAACGGAGCGUGAUGUGACUUAUGGAGAAAGUUGGGAGAAGUUCAUGCCUAUAUUUGAUGAACAGAUGGUGAUCCGUAUUGGUGUUGGUGCAGGUGGAAUGACAGAUUUUCCGGACAAUACUCUUUCGAGUAGUUUUUCUGAUCUUUUGUCUCCAAAACCAUGGAGGAACUUGGAACCCAAAGCAAUGUUAGGUUUUUGGCAAGAUCGAGAGAACUGGAAGAAAACUUGGACGGAUAGUAAAUUGGAAAUAAGAAGUGUUAAAGUUUGGGCACUUUAA